CAAGCACAUUCACUACAAAACUUUCAGACUCUCACAGACAUAAACACAAACACCUUCACUGCAAUUCUCAAACUUCAGCUGGAAAAAACCAAAAAGUAAUACUGAAAAUGACGAAACCAGAUGAAGGAUUAACAUUAGAACUCAUACGACAACAUCUCCUCGAAGAUUUCACAACUACAGAAUCAUUCAUCAACAGUCUCAAUUCUUGUUUUUCCGAUCAUAUCUCCUCCUUCGACAACAUCUCCCCUGUUUUCACUUCAGUAAAAACAGAGCCAUCUACAUCCAGUUCCCUUUCAGAUUCACCCAAUUCCUCAUACUCCAAUGAACCCAAUUCACCAAUUUCCCGUUACUUCAAUCUCCACGCCGAUUUCCCCGAAUUCAAAAUCGAUUCAGAUACCAUCCUCAGCUCAGCUUCCGAUAGCUCCGCCGGUUCUAAUGAAGAUAAUAAUAAGAAGAAGAAUUACAGAGGGGUGAGGAGAAGGCCAUGGGGAAAAUUUGCAGCGGAGAUAAGAGAUCCAAGUAGAAAAGGAUCGAGGAUUUGGUUGGGUACUUUUGAUACUGAUGUGGAUGCUGCUAGAGCUUAUGAUUGUGCGGCGUUUAAGAUGAGGGGAAGAAAAGCUAUUCUGAAUUUUCCGUUGGAUGCCGGAAAAUCUGGUGCUCCGGCGAAUAUUGGCCGGAAAAGAAGAAGAGAGAACAAGAUGGAUAUGGUGAAUUUGUAAAAAAAGGGCUAUGGUGAAUUUGUAAAAAAAAACUAGUUACAUUCCUCUUCUUAGGUGAAUGUGUAAUUUAUCUGAAAUAUGUUAAUUACUGUACUAAACUCCCUUACAUUAAAAUAUUAUCCUAUAAAUUAAAUUUUGAUGAACAAAUUUGAAUUCUUAAAAGUGAUGAAUGUUUUGUUUAUUUGAA